CGAAUAAAUGCAAAUUCACAUUGCAAUUCGUUCCAUUUCCACGUUUCAUGCUACAGUGUUGCGUCUCAAAUACUAUACAAAUACGAAUUUUUGGAGUUUACUGCGGUAAAAAAUAUAUCAAGAACUUCCAAGGGUUGUAUCACGAUGAGAGGUUAUCGUACCAGGCCAAUUCAAUAUGCGAGGGGGGCAUCUGGAAAGCAAACUGCGUACUUGAGAGCUAAGCCCGAUGGAAGAAAAAGACUGCUGCUGUUUUCGGACAGCAAUGCAAGAAAUCUAGUGCAUCCCCGGGUAAUCUUUCCCUCACGCUCUUGUCAGUUCGCAUUUUCUGCCAACUGCUUGCCGGGUGCGGAUAUGUUGGCUGGAGGAAGAGAAUUGAGGUCUACGCCAUUCCCCAGCAUUGACUACCUGGUAGUUGCGCUGGGGACGAAUGACGUCGCCAACUACAAUGGGCCUUCAGGAUCGUUUUUAAGGAACUCUCACAGAGUUGCAGUGAACUUCCUAGAAAAGUGCAGGAAAGCUUAUCCGGAUUUCAAGAUUUUGUUGGCAAAAAUCUUGCCCCAGACCGGACGUCAUUAUCUUGUUCACCUGGCCAACGUUGUUCUUGGGACGAUAGCGUCGGAUGCUAUAGUACCGCUAUUGGACCUCGACGUCGGCAGCUCUGGCGAAUACUGGAGCGACCGCCUUCACCUCUCCGAUGUUGGACUUAAAAUAUAUAUGAAAAAAUUGGACCGUGCAGUGACAAAAAUAAUAGAAAAGGAUGAAACCAAGGUGUUUUAA